UCACAAAGAAACAAAACUGGCCCCUCCACUGCCUGUCACCAUGCCCGCCCUGCUGGAGAGACCCAAGCUGUCCAACGCGAUGGCCAGAGCCCUCCACAAACACAUUAUGAGGGAGAGAGAGCGGAAAAGACAAGAGGAAGAGGAGGUGGAUAAAAUGAUGGAGCAGAAGAUGAAGGAGGAAGAAGAGAGAAAGAGGACAAAAGAAAUAGAGGAGAGGAUGUCCUUGGAGGAAACCAAAGAACAGGUAAUGAAGAUGGGUGAAAAACUUCAGGGACUCCAAGAAGAGAAGCAUCAGCUCUUUUUACAGCUCAAGAAAGUUCUUCAUGAGGAGGAAAAGAGACGCAGAAAGGAGCAGAGUGAUAUCACAACGUUGACAUCAGCCAGCUACCAACCCAGUCUGCCCAUGCAUGCAGGACAGCACCUCCUAAGUAUUCAAGGCAGUCCAGUUAGCCACAGUCGACCUGGUGCACUGCUUGGAGAACGGAGCAAACAGCUGUUCCCAGCUGCUGUGAUUCCAGCGCGUCAUUAUCAGACGCCUGGCUUCAGCUCAGGCUCAGCAGAGCAUGGGCAGUUCAGCGGCAGCCAGGGGGUCCAUGAGCCCUAUGGGGUGGCUCAGCCCCAACAUCCCUCCUCCUACGCCCCUGGACCUUCAGUACCAGUCAGUUUUGCAAGCAAUUCUCAGAUCAGAGGUGCAUCUGCAUUUCAAGCCAUGCAGUACCUGCCUCACCAGCAGGCAGGCUACCCCGUUCACAGUCACUUCACCUCCCAGCCAGGAUACAUACCUGGAGCAGGAAUACCCCUGCAGAAGCAGCUGGAACAUGCCAACCAACAGUCUGGUUUUACUGAUGCAGGUGCUUUGAGGCCUAUGCACCCCCCAGCCAUGCAUCCUUCUGCUCCAGGCCUGCUGCCCACACCAUCAAUGGCGGUCCAGAUCCCUACUGCAAAGGCCCCAUUCCAGAGCUCUCCUCAGAGUGCCCCUCGCCAUAGCUUCCUCUCCCACAGCCAGAGUGGGCAAAGGUUCUACCACCACGGUCCAGUGCAUCUCGAUUGCCCCUGAAACAGAAUUACAAGGAGGAGGAAUGAGAAGAAAGAGGAAAGGAAAGGUCAGGAACAACAGAAGGAAAAUGCUUGAGGAAAAAAUAAACACAAGAAGAAUAUAGUUUAAUGCGGCAAGUGUUUUACCUAGCUUCAGCAGAGGAAACA